AUGAGGGUGCGAAUGUGGCUCAGAGAGGUUCCUAUCGAGGGAUUCGUGGAGCGCUUCUUCCUCUUCAGUCGUGCGUUCGACCGGUCCUGGAGCAGCGACCUCACUCAAAGCGCCAUAAGGGUCAUCAUCUGUAUUGUCAUCCCCAGUCUCUCCACAGGUGAGUAUUCGCCGGAGUUUGGAGGGAAAAAGAAGGCAUUAGAAUGUAAAAAGCAACAAAAAACGACAGAGAGGAAAUGGGUUGUCUAUAUCGGUGAUUCAAACAUCCCAAAAAAGAAUGCAUUCACAAAAGAAGAAGCAGCAACAAGCCAUCAAGUUACUCAAUUAUCCCCGCCGCCUUCCAGCCAAAACGAACAAUAUUUCUGUUACUUCACUCCCUCCCAGCGCGAUGAGUUUAUGAACCAACUCUAUGCAAAAGCCUUGCACAUGAUUGAGAACCCUAUUCUCUCAUCCAAUCCUACUUUUUUUGCCGCCCAGUACAAUGUGCUUCGCGCUAUGUUAAUCAACGCCGACCUGUUAGGCCUGACAUUUGAUCUUCUCAAUGAAGACCUCGCGUCCCAAUUCAACCUUUCCGGGCCAUUGAUGUCGGCAGUGCAUCUCCCAGCAAGCCUGUUUCCAUCCCAGAAACAAAGAAAAAUAAUCCACCACCCCUGGGUUGAUCUGAUUCCAAUAUUGUCUCUGCGGGAGGCUCUCUUGGUCCGGACAGACGUGAUUGAUGAAGAUGAAGUAUGUGGUGACUUUUAUGGGGCUUGUGCUCCGUCGCAAGAAGUCGGGCUUCGCGUUUGGGGCGAAGCCUGGGAUCCAUCUGCUUACGAGCUCUCGGAGACGUUUAUAAGGAAAUGGAGUUGGAUAAUAACAGAAUGUCCUGACAUAAUCAAAUCUUCAAAUCACUGGAGGAAACAGCGAGGGGAGAAGCCUAUUGUGUUCACAAAGAUCAAGUGA